CGGGCUUUCGUUUGGCUAGUUGAGCAGGGGCAGACGGGGAGCGGAUUGUUGUUCUUUGUAGCAGCCUUUUUGGGAAAUAAUCGAGCAGGAAAUUUGAAUGCGUAUUGUAUUUAUCGGACAAGAGGGUUUAUACGGAGAUGUCGGACGACUUGGUGAAACAGUUAAGCAGCUACAAAGCACAGCUGCAGCAAGUAGAAGCUGCCUUAUCUACCGACCCGGACAAUGAAGACCUUCUAAAACUCCAGAAAGACUUACAGGAAGUCAUCGAUUUGACAAAAGACCUCCUGACCUCACAGCCCACUGAUGGUGCUUCCAGUACGAAUGGCUCAGACACAGUGCCAACAAAGCACAUCUGGAAAGUGGGGGACAGGUGUAUGGCUGUGUGGAGUCAGGAUGGACAGAUAUAUGAGGCUGAGAUUGAGGAGAUAGACCGAGAGAACGGCACUGCAGCCGUUACCUUCACUGGAUAUGGGAAUGCUGAAGUGAUCCCACUGCAGAACCUUAAAGCAGCAGAGGAGGGGAAACGUUCUGAUGAGGAUGGGAGUGUAAAGCCCAAAUCAAGGAAAGAGCAAAUAGCAGAGCAAAGAGAGUAUAAGAAGAAGAAAGCCCAGAAGAAGGUACAAAGGAUGAAGGAGCUAGAGCAAGAGAGGGAGGAACAAAAGUCAAAGUGGCAACAGUUCAACAACAAAGCCUAUUCAAAGAACAAGAAAGGACAGGUAAAGAGGAGCAUAUUUGCAUCUCCAGAAAGUGUAAAUGGAAAGGUGGGAGUGGGAACGUGUGGUAUUGCAGACAAACCUAUGACCCAGUACCAUGACACGUCAAAAUACAACGUCAGACAUCUAAUGCCCCAAUGACCUGAUAUAUCCUGUACAUAAAAAUCCACUGUAUACUAGCUGUAUCAGUGCUUUCCAUUGUGUUUAUACAUGAUUUAAGUUUCUCAAGUAAAGAAAGCUUUGAAAGGAAGUGCUUGCACACCAUUGUUUGAAAUAUUGAUGUAGUUUUCUUAUAUAUAUUAUGUAGGUAAACAAAAAAAAAAAUUCCCAGCACUGGAACAAGGACAUAUGUAAAAACAGGAAGCAGUGUUUUAGAAAAGCCCAAACGUUUGCUGUUUGUGUCCAGCUUCCACCCAAGCCAAACACCUGUUGAGAUGUGUAUAAAAAUACAUCCGUAGAUUUGGUGGGUAAAUUUGAGGCUGGAUUUUAAACACUGAACAGUUCUCGGUGUGUCUGAACCUCAAUAAUGGUGUUGAUUUGAGACAGCUGAAUUCACUUUUUAAUUUCUGUGUAUAUAACAGUGAAAUAAACAUUUUCUUUCUUUUUUUAAAAGAA